UAUAAUAGAAAUGGAGUAACUUACGUGUUGUUUUCCCUAUUUCUUUACAAAUCCAAGUAAACAAAAGUGAUUCAAUACUCCAUCAACUCAUUGAACUGCUUAUUUUUCCAUCCAACAAUGUCUUCUUCUACUUCAAAUACUCAUGGGUUCUUGUCAUCUGAUAGUGAGGAAGCUUACGUUGUAAUAGAUGCAUUUGUUAGAGAAGAGAAGCAACCAAGGAACAUCAUUGACGUUGAACGGUUGUUUCCAGAAAUUAACACGAAUCAGACGGAUGUCCAGACAGAUGAGGUGAAUCAGGAGGUGGUAAGCAACAAUCCUAUUGUGAUGAAAGAAGUCAAAGUGGAAAGCGAUAUUGGUGAAUAUUCACAGGCCUCGAAAAAUGAUGGAGGUAUUUUGAAAGAAAUAUUUUUGGAAAAGGAUAUCACGCGUUCACAGAAACGUGGGGACCAAGUGUUGCAAUUUCCUCAAGAAGUUAUCAAGAAGGCUUUAAGACCUGACAUCACUCAAUGCUUACUGAUCGACCUGGAUACACAUGUUGUUUAUGAAUGUAAGAUAAUUAAAUCAAAGAGAAAAUAUGUAGAGAUGUAUGUGGGAGAUGGAUGGUACGCAUAUGCGAAAGAAAAAAAGCUAAUGGUGGGAGAUAAGAUGUUCUUUCACUAUAACUCUGAAAAAGAAAUAUUGUAUGUGAGGUUGUCUCGUCGUCGCCGAAAGAACAACGUUUGAAGGCCAUAGGAAUGUAAUGCGUAUUGUUUGUGAUAUUUACUUUCCUUGUUAUGAGUUGUACGUUCUUCAUUUGGUUUGUAAUGUUAUCCAGCUUGUUAUUAAUAUAAUGAAGCCAACUUUGUUUCCAAAUGUUUUGAUUAUGGUUAUUAGUUAAGUAUGUUUGAAGUUCUGCAGUUCAUAAGUGUUAUUCAUAUUCUAUUUUUAGAUGUUAUAUGUGAAAUAAAAAAAAGGUGUG